UGUGUGUGUGUGUGUGUGUGUGUGUGUGUGUGUGUGUGUGUGAGGGGGGGGGAGGACACCGAAAGAGGUGCAUAAAGAAGGAAUUCCCCGCGCGGCGCUCCGGAGAACUUCUCCUCCUUCCUCAGAAAAAGCGGCGAGCUGUCAGAGGACAAGUGACUGAGUCGAGGGGUUUAGAAGAAGCUCGCGGACGGAGGAGACAUGAUGGGCAACGCGGGGCAGGGAGGGCUCAGAAGCGGACGCAAGUGCAGUCCUCUUGUGUUAUGGAGAUUUGCGCUCAUGUGCCUUCCUCUGACAAGGGCAGAAACUCUGGUGAUGAGGAGACAGCCUCGCCAGACCUCAGAAACAGAGGCGCAGGAGGGGGUAUGGGGGCCGUGGAGCACCUGGACUGACUGCUCCCAAACUUGUGGCCCGGGUGUGUCGGAGAGACAGAGACAGUGCCUACCUCCACCCCGCGUCCCUCUAAACUGGGGGGCAUCUGCCUUCCUUCCCCCAGGCCUUCCCAAUCACACCCCUGUAAUUUCUGCAAUUCGCCCUAACUACCCUUCCCAGUACUCCUUACCUGAUACAUAUCCUUACGGUGGUGGAGAAAGGCCACCUUUUUACCCCCCUUCGGUGCCAUCGAGUCAGAAUGCUGGCCUCCCUAUAUACAGGAGCGAUCAGGGAGUCGCUGCGCAUGACCAGUCCAGCCCUGGGGCUCCCCAGUACUGGCGAGAAUUCUCCCAGCGUGCUCAGGAGCCGCUCUCUCGGUACCGUCCAUCCUCUUUCCCCUCUCCAUCGCUGAAUUAUGGCCAGUUGGGAAGAUCCUCCAGACCUCCAGCCAACCAGAGGACAGCUAGAGUUGGCGGGGGUGGGAGCAGGAGGUCAGUGCCAAACAAUCAGGACACAGCAUUUCCCCAAAGAUCUUUAUCAGCUACUUCUUCGAUUCGCCCUGGACAGUUUGGCUAUGGCCGAGUGCCCUUCUCUCUGCCUCUACACCGGCCAAAUCGGAACGCGCGACACGCCGCCCAUGGGGGUAACAGCUCCAGCACUGGUCCUCAGUUGGAAGAAGUGGAGCAAAGAGAGCCCAUGAUCGUGGAGACUGAUGCAGACGGGGGACAAGCUGAUGUACACCUAGAGGGAGAGAAACGUGUUGGAGAGGAAGAAGCCGCACAGGAGAGAGAUGUGAAGGGAGAAAAAGAGAGAGAAGAGCCAGGAGCAGAGCAGGGACAGGGCGAGGAUACUGUGUCAGCAACGGCGGCAGCAGCGGGAGCCUCUCAGGCCCCUGUGGAGUCAGCCAGACACUCUGACGCGGAGCCAGGCAGACAGCGGGAUCGCGAGGCACACGGCGCGAGCCGCAUGAGCGCAGGCAGCGGGAGCCCCAGACAGACAGGGAGACACCCACACACAGACAGAGCCCUCGCCAGGCCCAUGGAGAGAGAGAGCAACGCACACUCACGCACUUUCAUCCACAGGCAGUCUCACACUAAUCACGAUCAUCGAAUCGACCGACGGACACCACACCCCUACAGUCCCCCUCUCCACCACUUCCCGCCUCACAGAGAGCCCCUCUACAGCUUUUCCCCGGCCUUACCUCAGCCUCAUCCCCAUCCCCCACAGCUGCCCCCUGGCCCCUCAAACCCUAACAUCUGGCUCCUGCCACCUCAACACUCUGGGAGAGAGAGAGAGGUGCGGGGUGAGGAUGAGAGGGACGCCGAACCAGCCGGAGGCAGCUGGGGGUCACAUACAGGCCCCCGCAACUUCAAAUGCUCCGGGCCAGAGAAGGAGUAUCGAAAGUGCAACAUCCAGCUAUGCCCAGGGGGUACCGUGGACCCUAGGGCAGAGCAGUGUUCCUCCUUCAAUAACCAAGAAUUCUUGGGAAGACUGUACGACUGGGAGCCCUUCACUGAAGUGGGACCCGAGCAGCAGUGUGAGCUCACGUGCAGACCGGCGGGAUUCCGUUUCUACGUGCGGCAGGCUCACGUAGUGAGAGAUGGCACGCCCUGUGCCAACAACACCCCCGGCGGUGUGUGUGUGGCCAGCCGCUGCUUGUAUGAGGGCUGCGACGGGGUGCUGGGUUCGGGCCUGGUGCGGGACAAAUGUGGAAUAUGCGGUGGUCGGGACACGUCUUGCCGAAGGGUUACAGGAAGCUUCCGGAACUCGAGUGUGCCAGUCGGUUAUCACCACAUCCUGGACAUCCCGCUGGGGGCCACGGCCAUCAACAUCACGGAGAGGAAAGCCAGCCCUAACUAUCUGGCUCUGCGCAGCGGCACCGGGCAGUCUGUGGUGAAUGGCCGCUGGGCAGUGGACCCUCCAGGGGAGUACAAGGCUGGAGGCACCACUUUCUUGUACAGCCGCCCCCGGGCUGCCUCUGAGGGCCAGGAGGGCGGUCUGGGAGAAACGUUAACAGCUCCAGGACCAACCACCACCUUGCUGCAGCUCUUUAUCAUCCAUCACCGAAAGAACCCAGGGAUUGACUAUGAGUUUUACAUCCCCGUGGAGAAGAAGGAGAGCGAGAGAGGGGGUGCAAAGGAAAGUGAUGGAGUGAGGGCACCUCUCAGAGAGAUCAGUGCGCUGACUGUGACAGUGGCAGACCCCAUUCCUGCUCCUCCGCCCCCUGUUGAGAGGCGGUGGUCGGCCGAGAGGAGUCACCCGCGAGGCUCUACAUCUGGCCGCAACGCCCGUAUCCCUCCCCGGACUGACCUGCCACUUGACACUCAGAGUCCCUUUGUGUGGCGCUGGGGUGGGCUCACCGAGUGCUCAGCCUCCUGCGGAAAAGGCUUUCAACAGAGGGUUAUUUACUGUGUCAACCGCUACACCGAGCAGGAAGUGUCAGAACGGAAAUGUGACUCGGCUGCCAAGCCUGCAGCGGAGGAGAUACCCUGCAACCUUCACCCUUGCCCCCCUUUCUGGGAGAUGGGUCCCUGGUCCGAGUGCAGCGUUUCCUGCGGCCCGGGGGUCCAGCAGAGACAGCUCCAGUGCAGGCAGAGCUUCGGAAACCGCUCCACCAUGGUGCACCCCCAGCGGUGCUCCCUUCUUCCUCGCCCCAAUGCCACCCAGCCCUGCCACCCACGCAUCUGCUCCCGCUGGGAGAUCCGCACCAACUGGAGCUCUUGCUCUGUGGAUUGCGGUGUUGGGAAGAGGACUCGGAGCGUCCGCUGCGUCAGUGACCAGGGUAACGUCGUAAGCGACAGGGAGUGCAAUGCCAGGCUCCGCCCUCAAGGCAGCGAGGAUUGUCACAUGGGCCCGUGUAUCACAAACUGGUACUUCACGGACUGGACGGAGACGUGUUCGGCACAAUGUGGGCCCGGCGUGCAGCGGAGGGAGGUGCUGUGCCUAUCAAGUGGGGCUGGCAGAGAUGGAGUAGGAGGCGACUGUGUAGGAGAGAAGCCGGCGGACAUGAAAGCCUGCAAUGGGGGUCCCUGUGUGUCCACCACAAUGUGGUACACUGGACCAUGGGGACAGUGCAGUGCCCUAUGUGGAAAUGGCACUCAGCGGCGCGAUAUCAUCUGUGUCACGAAGCUGGGGAAUGAGUUCAACGUGACACACGCCAGCCAGUGUGCGCACCUGGAAAAGCCGUCCCCUGUGCAGACUUGUAAGAUGGAACCGUGCCGCUCACAGUGGUUCACUACUCAGUGGAGCGCGUGCUCGCGCUCGUGUGGGAAAGGCUUUCAGACCAGAGAGGUGCGGUGUCUCACUCCAGACAAACAGCACAGCUCAGCCUGUGACCUCAUUCGCAAGCCAGAGCAGGAGCAGUUGUGCAACACUCUGCCAUGCAGCCCCCAGCUCCCAGAUGAGAACUGCAGGGACAGGCAUCACAACUGCAUGAUGGUGGUCCAGGCGCGCCUCUGUGUCUACUCCUACUACAAGACAGCCUGCUGUGCCUCGUGCACCCAGAGCGCACAGCGGGCCAAGAGACACUGAGGCCACUUGAGCCCCGGGCUCCUGCCGCAGCUGGCUGACACUGUGCUACACCUGGCCAAGAAUGUACUAAGGACACACAAUGUGACACGGAUAGCAGAAAUAUCCAGCCUGCUUAAGUGUAGUCUGUAUAGAAGCAUUUUAUGUAUGCCAAAAAGAAGUAUACUGUAAAUAUAUAUUUUUAAUUGUGAAUGUUUGAAAUGCAAACCAAAUAUAACUCAUACGUGGUAAAUAUGAAGGCCAUGAAAAGCUACAUGUAAGUGUGGGGAAACGGGACGGAGGCCUGUCCUUAGCCUCACGACCUGUAAAUGUGGGCACUGCUCACGGAGGAUGAAUAAGAACUGCAAGACCAAAUAUAUGAGUGUUCAUAGUAUUUUAAUAGUCACAAAAUCUAGGUGUAGUGUCAUUUUUCUGAAAGCACGGUGCCAUACAUUAAUUAAAAUUUCGAUUAUGGCACGUACAAUGUGUAUAUUUAUGUUAUAGUGACAAGCGCUAAUUUAGCGAAGGCCCUAAUGUGCUCCAAACGGUCACCCUCAAAGAAGUGUGCACAUCAAAGCGUACCCCAGAUACCACGCUCAUCAGAGGACAUACGGUAUAUGGCGACCCACAGAUAAAAAUCCCACUGUCUUGCUAAUUGUCAGAAGAAGUCAAACGGAAUAAUAUUUAAUACACCAAUUUAUACCACUUGUAGCAUUUUGUGUUGCAUUGUUUUACCGAUAAUCAUUUACCAUAUUGGAUUCAGGAAGUAUCUUCAAAAAGAUCUGUUUAAUUUGUUUCAUGACUCAUUUAAAGUGAAAAGUUAGGGUUCUUUAGUAGUGAUCGAGUAUGAUGUUUAUUGGAGGACGUUUACAUAAUGCUUUAAAAUUAGAGGUGAGAACGUAUUUAUUUCAGCUGUAUGGACUCACUAAAUAGAUUUAAAAAUCUCUGGGCUCAACUUAUUUAGUAUGCAGAUCCUCCGAAAAUGAAUAACGAGUUUAAUUGAAAGUCACGGUUAAUAUGCUUACAAAUACGCAUAGGCACGUUUUUAAAAAAAGUAACACUUAUAAAUACAAGUUGUUAUAAAAAAUGAAUACUUGCGCUGUAAUUGCAUAUUUUGGGGCAAACAGAAGCACACAGAAUGGAUCAUGGGUCACAGUGGAAUCAUGCAGUCCUAUACUUAGAAGAUGCUCUCAGCCACUUCUUUGCAAAUGUACUGGUGACCGUAUUCCGUGUUCCUGUACACGCUACGUGUGAUUGUCCCUAAACCGGGAUACGCAUUCCCCGGUCUCCACACUGCAUCUUCAUGUCUCUGAUAUAUAUUUGUACUUGUUCCAUGUCACUUCAGUCCACACCCUUGCUCGCCCACCCGCUCUCCCUCUCCGUGUAGCAAGAGCAAGGUCCCCCGAAAGUCACACUGCUGUGCAGGGAGAGCCCGUUACGUUUCCCUGCUGAUAGUUCAGCAAGGUGCUGUUGUCAGUAUUAAUCUGCCAGUCUUCCCUUUUUUUUUUUUUACUGUCGCUGUCACUGUUGUCUUCAGUAUUUGUGCAGGAUUUCUUCUUUUUGUUGUUUAUGUACAAAAAUACUCACACACAUAAAAACAUUCAAAUUAAAGCCUGUCACAUACAUUUGUCAGGCAGUAUUAUAUUUUUAUACAUAUAUUUUCCUGGAUCUAUUGACGCGUUUUCUUGUAUUACAGAAUAUCUUUAUUUGUACUUUGCAGAAAUAGUCUUCACUAUACAAUAGCUGUAUUUAUACCUAUAUACAGUAAACUCAGUGAAGUGUUUAUAUAGUGCUCAACAGAUGAAAAUACUAUGAUUACUAAAUUGUAAUAUAUUAUUGUAUACAUUUUUAUUUUUUUUUUUACGAGAGGACUUAUUUUGUGAUUAACUAUGCAAUUGUAAUUAGAGCACCUCUGUUGAAAGAAUCACUUCUCACAGAUCGUUUGAACCAGCUGAUUGCCAAAACAAUCCUCAGUCAAAUUUUAGACAAAUCUUGUGGGACAAAUGUGUUUCUUAAGAAAGGAGUGCGCAUUUCAUAGGUAUAUGUUAUAUAUAUAAAUAUAUCUAUAUAUAUAUAUA